AGUGAACGGUAGUUGAACUCGGCAUUUUACGCUGUGUCAUUGGAUUGGAUGUCUGACCAUCUAUUUAUUUUGGUGUAACAUAUUUGACCCAUCAGUCACAUUCACAUCAUGGUGCUGACAGACAUGAAAGUUGGACCUUGAUCGCAACUCAGGUUUGUAAUCGAUAACGAAAUCCAUUCAACUGCAGGUAGCGACGUCUGAACAUAGGCAUAUGCUGCAGAACAUUCAACUGCGGAUAGUCUAGUCUAGUGUACGAAGAUCUUUGCUCCACCAACCGCGUCUAGAAUUAGCCUGCAUCGUAAUUAACAAAUGGCCUUCCUGGAAUCAGUGACCAUGGCUCGUCAGCUGAAGCCAUUCAAGGUGUUGCCAUGGAUACUAUCACGUCAUGUUGCUCCCUCAACUUCAAGUCGUCAUGGAAGACUUGCAUCUACAGCCACCAGCGCACCAUCACCCAGCAUGUACAAGUUUGUGGUGGUUGGCGGUGGGUCGGGUGGUCUGGCCAUGGCCAGUAGUCUGUCUCGUAAACACGGCAAGGGACAAGUUGCAGUCAUUGAACCAAGCGAGGAACAUUUUUACCAGCCAAUGUGGACACUAGUGGGCGGCGGAAUCAAGAAAAAGGAGCAGUCCCGCGGCCUGACGAAGGACGUCAUGCCCAAAGCCUGCGACUGGAUCAAGGAAAAGGCUGUCGAGUUUGACCCUGAAAAUAACAGCGUCAAGACGUCAGGGGGCAAAGUGGUGCAGUAUGACUACCUAGUGGUCGCCAUGGGGCUGCAGUUAAACUUUGAUAAGCUGAAAGGUCUACCAGAGGCGCUGGAGAAUGAUCCGAUGGUUUGCUGCAACUACUCCUACAACACUGUCGACAAGACGUUCAAGGCCUUACAGAAUUUCAAGAGUGGCAACGCCAUAUUCACUAUCCCUAACACCCCGGUCAAGUGCGCUGGGGCUCCCCAGAAGAUCAUGUAUUUGACGGAGGAAUACUUCCGGCAGAACAACAAGCGUGACAAGGCCACCGUCAUGUACUGCUCGCCUCUGCCGUCGAUAUUCAGUGCUCCCAAGUACGCAGCUGUCAUGAUGGAAAUCUGCAAGAAGCGAGGCAUCCAGGUCAACCUUCGACAUAAUCUGGUGGAGAUCAAACCGCAGAGCAAAGAAGCUGUGUUUGCUAAGUUGGACACCGAACCGAACGAGACGAUUACCUUGCCUUAUGAAAUGCUGCAUGUGCCUCCUCCCAUGGGCCCACCUGAUAUCCUGAAGGCCAGCCCCCUCGCUGGACCAGCAGGGUUUCUUAGUGUCAACAAGGAAACAGGACAACACACCAAGUACCCUAACGUGUUUGGUAUCGGUGACUGCACUGACUUCCCCACCUCAAAGACCGCAGCUGCAGCAGCUGCUCAAAGUGGUGUUUUGAAGAAAACAAUAAAUGCUGUUGUCAAUGGCUUAACCCCAGUCGCAAAGUACGAUGGCUACACAUCGUGUCCUCUGAUCACCGGACGUAGAAGCUGUGUCCUGGCCGAGUUUGACUACAACCUGGAGCCACUGGAGACCUUCCCCUUUGAUCAAAGCAAAGAGAGGCGAAGCAUGUACCACAUGAAGGCCGACUUCAUGCCAACCAUGUACUGGCAUGCUUUUGUGAAGGGAUUGUGGACUGGCCCUGCCCUGUACAGGAAGAUUAUGCAUCUUGGUUUCUCAAGGUAAAUCCUGGACUGAUGUCUGGAGGCAUAUCAACUUCUGUUGCUACAUGUAUAUCCCACUGAAUUGUAUUUUAAAAAACAGAGAAGAAAAAUUUACUUAAUUUCAUUUUUCACAAAUGUGGAUUUUGUUUUUUAUAUGUAUACACAGAAAAGUUAUCCAUUUACCAUGUUCUUCGUAGUAUGUUUUGUUUGCUUUUGGGGUUUUGUUUAUGAUAUUUUUCUGUUCUGUUUUUUUUUGGACAAUUUCAAAUACAUUUUUCAAGUAGAAUUUUUAGCAAAACGAAGUUUGGUAGAGCAUUUUUACUACUGAAGGCAAUAAAUCUUAAUACCAUUUGAUAUUUAAUUCUGUCACAUGUACCAAAGAUGUCAACUCCCUUUAUCACACGUUAAAUGGAAGUACUUGAGUAUACUGUAUAAUAUUGGCCUUCAUAAUUAAAACAAAAAAAACCAGGUAUACUGUAUAAUAUUGGCCUUAUACAAUACUGUAUAAUAUUGGCCUUCAUAAUUAAAACAUGCAUAAAUUAUUCAGGGAGGCUUGAAUGGUUAGGUCAUUAAAGCUGGUACAUGUGUACCCAUGUGCUGCUAGAAUAUUCCAUUAUUUUCUCCCUGCAUUUAGUAAUGAGCAACUAUAUGCACAUUAUUGCUCAUCAUAAGAUUUUGUUUUCAUUGUGUGCUGCACAGGAAGAUAUUUUUCUGUAGGAAUUCUGAGUUGGAGGCUUCUAACACAAAAUAUGAAACUUAAUAAAUCUGUGCCUAAUAGUUGUGUGUGAUGUCACAAAUUUGGCAGCCCAUAUACACGCCAUAGCUUAUAUAAUGUUAGAAAAUAAUUUGAUUUUAAAGGGGUGCUAAUCCCACAAAAAUACGAGCAUACAUAUUUAGAUGAAGGUUUGUGUGUACUUAUGCUCAAUAUACAGUCCAUUUCAUUAAUGUGUGCAAAAAUACAGCGCUUUCCUCCAAAGCUAGGUCUCAAAGCGCUUCACGGUUAUUACCCCUGUUCAUCAGGCCACUAGACCACUUUUCUGCAGCAGAGAUCAGCACAAUCUGGGCUUUACCCUCACACCCAUUUAUACUCCUGGGUGGAGAGAGGCAAUUGUAGUAAAGUGUCUUGCCCUAGGACACAAGCACCAUGUUCCCCAUCGGGCUUCGAACCCAUGCACCAUGGCACGUGGGUUGAACACCUUAACCACUAAACCACAGUGCUCCACAUUACUUCAGAAGUUUAGAUGCCGCACUUACAUCAUGUACAAAUUGUAUCAAACUUACAUUCCUUUACCUAAACAAUUUACAAAAAAUUGGAACAGUUUUUAAGAACAAAAGAUGAGAAAUAUGACACAAGUAUUUCCUUUAUGAUUGUAGUCAUUAAAGUCUGUUCGACAGACUGACAGAAUAUGAAAGAGGUUUUUAAGACACACCCUUUUUGAGGUGAAAGAUAAUUCUGCUUUUGUAAAUUUAUUUUUCUUGUUUUUUUCUGGAAGGGUUUUUUGAGCCAAAAGUAUUUUUGUAAUUUCUGAAGUUCUUCUUAUUUUGUAAGGGUACAUAUUGACUGUGAAAUGAAUGGCUAGUGCAAACAUGGCAAAAUGUUCAGCUUUUUAGACAUUGGCGUGCACAUGUACUUACCAUAUCUCCUUUGUUUCAUUUCUUUGCAAGCUCCAAAAAUAUCUGUGCCUUAUAUACUUUACUGUAAGCAUUUUACUGGAGCUGUUCGAUGCAUACUUUGUCUUAAGCAAUUGGUCAUAAAUAUAGAGUCUUACUGCAUUGUUUAUCUUGAAAUGCAUGAGUCAUUCUGCAUAUAUGUGUUCUUUAGUUGAGGAAAUGAAGUUUUUGUUUUUUGUUCAUCAAUCUGCUAUGCUGCAAUUAGAAUUGAAUGCUUUUCAUAUACCUUUGUUAUCAAAUUAAAAAAAUCUAUAUCCUAGUACUACUUUUGCAUGGUUGUAAUAAUAGUGGGCUGACAUUUUUACGAAGAAAACUAGUAAAUUAUGCACAAAUUAUGCCAACAAUUUUGCACAAAUUAUGCCCAUUUCUGUGAUUUGAAAAAACUCUGAAAUUCUGUAAUUGCAAAGGGAAUAUAUGAAGAUUAAUGCUAUUGUAGUCUGUGUUUGUAAUUUUCUAUAUAAAAAAUCAGUGUUUUUGUAUGUCAACUUGUAGCUUUGAAAUUAGAUCUCAUUCAUUUGAUGAAUGAAGAUAAUGAAAUUUUUGAAAUUAUACAUUAUUGUUCUCAGAUAUUCCUGACUUUUUCUAAAAAUUUAUAUAGACAGUUAGUUAUUCCUGCUAGAUUAUCUGACUUGCAUAUCUAGGAGUGAUACAUAGAACGGCAAAUAUUUGAAAAUUAGCUCUUUUUGUUUUUUGUAUUAGAAUCUUAAAGCGAACCAUAUUUUUGAAGAAACUGAUGAAUUUAUUUUUAUUACCUGUAAGUAUUGAAAUGUUAAUGCCUUUUGAUGACAAAAAGAAUAAACCAAACCAAAUGUGCUGAUGAGUAAUCA